CUGCAUUUUUCCUUGGUAACUGCAUUGGUUCCGAACUCGCAAACUGGGCUGGUCGGUAUAACCUCGAGUUCCAGACUUGCAGUUUCUUGGUUAAAAACAAAAACACAGAACAAACGAUUCCCGGCUUGUCAUCUCAAAGACGAUUUUUCUCCUGACAACCAACUUAAAUCCAAGUGAACAACAUUAUGUCUUCAACCCGCAGCGAUGUGUCUGUGCUCAUCCCGUUCUCCAGCGAAGACAAAGACAAGACAGAAAUCCUGCGUCAAUGUCCAACAGUACAGGUGUCAGAGGUGAUAUUCAACAAUAUUGAAGAGAAUGAGACACUUUUGGACUAUGUACAACGACUUGAGAAGCUGGUUGCUGACCACAACAUCAACAUCAUUCUCCCCACCAUCGACCUGUCUACGUUCGUACAUGCUGCCAUUGCCAGGGACUUUCCUCACAUCCCCGGACCCAGUGUUGAGUCCUGCUAUCUGGCUUUCCACAAAGCCUACUCACGGCAGUACCUGGACCCCACUGAAAACCCAACCCCCUACGAUGUAGUGGAUAUGGAUUCACCCACCAUGCUGGAGGAUGCACAGCGGGCCUUGGAAAAAGUCGGUUUACCAGCGUUUGUGAAGCCCGCAGCAGCGUUUGACACAUUCGGUGUGGCCAAGGUGGAAAAUUACGAAGACAUGAAACGUGCCCUGCAGAACCUUCGGACAAUGCGGGACGAACAUCCUGACUUCAAGUCAUCACCAAGUGCUGCUUUCUUCAAGGAUUAUUUCAAGCAAUAUCUGGACGUGGAAAAGUACCCACUGGCCCUUCGAGAUGUUGUGAUCGUGGAGCCUUACUUGGAUGCAGUGGCCCUCUAUACUGUGGAUGGAUGCAUUGUGGACAAAGAGAUUGUGCAAUGGACUAUCACAGAUGAGCUCCGAUUUGACCACCAAGAGGCCAAGUUCAUGACCGUGAUCUCUCCCACCUCCGAGCCAGAGGACUUACAGAAGAGGAUCUGGGACGUCUAUGAUGGCGUCAUGACCAGGAUGGUCCAGUUUGGGUUCAACAACUGCUUUACAAACAUCGAAGUCUUCAGGAUGAAGGAUGGACAGCUGAGGCUGUGUGAGGUAAAUGCCAGGGGAUCCAAGCAACUCCAAGGCUGCUACAGAGAGAGUUACAAGAAUGCUAACCAGGACUAUGUGUACCUGACUGCUGGCCGCGGUGUCAAGUACGUCACACCUCCCAACACAGGAAGGUGGGCCAGCGCCUACAUCGUCAAGUUUGACAACAUGGAAAGGCCAGGCAAUCUGAUGGACUUCGACAAGAUCGAAAAGCUGAAGUCGGAUCCUGACAUGAUGUUCAUCCUGACCGCCAGUCCUGACGAUGAUGUGACCAACUUCACUGGCAGUGCCGGAUGUCACUUCUGUUGGCUGUUCACCUACGGUAACUCCAGGGAAGCCAUGAUCAGGAAGCUUGUUGAUGUGCUCAAACUAGUGGUAAAGAAGCCAGAACGGCUGACGUACCCAGUACACUAUGGGAUGUAACGCUAGGGCAACCAAACUAGUUGUUUCCAGUAUCCAGUACACUAUGGUAUGUAAGGGCUAGGGUAACCAAACUAGUGGUAAAGCCAGAACAGCUGACGUAUCCAGUACACUAUGGGAUGUAACGCUAGGGCAACCAAACUAGUUGUUUCCAGUAUCCAGUACACUAUGGUAUGUAAGGGCUAGGGUAACCAAACUAGUGGUAAAGCCAGAACAGCUGACGUAUCCAGUACACUAUGGGAUGUAAGGGCUAGGGUAACCAAACUAGUGGUAAAGCCAGAACAGCUGACGUAUAUGGGAUUGUAUACCGUACCUCAGCACACUAUGGGAUGUAAUUCAAGGGAUAUUGGAGGGUACCAAAGGAAAUGCACCUGGUCCCGAGUUGGUAAAUUAGCAAACUGGACUAAAAAACAACAACUAAAACUGAUCUUUCAAUAGUAUUAGACAAGUAUGAAAUCCAAUAUUUUCAGCUUGCAGCUAAAAGUUUCAUAUUAUUAAGGGAAAUGGAGCUUUAAAUUUACAUUCUGCAAAUAACUGGUGACCAAACUCUAUAACCUGUUUGACUACAAAAAGUAUAUACUUAUGCAAGUGUGUAUGAUGGCAGAGACAUGGUGUUAUAAAUUAUAAUUAGAUAAAAGAUUGGGUAUACAAUGACUGCUGAUCAAUGUUCAAAUAUUGACAAUGAUGCCUUUAUCAUAGAUGCAAUUUACAACAAAUGUACCUCCCCUACAAUAUCAAAAUUAUGAACAAAAUUUUUGAUACAGACUAUGGUAUUAACCCAGGCAACUGUCGCAACAAUCUACUUUCCAUCUCCUCAAUCAAAUGACCAAGGCAAGCAUGUAGUUUGUAUCAUAUCAUCAUGGUGUAAAUAUUGAGGAUGCAUAAAUACAUUCUAACUACUAGUAUAUUGUAAGCACUUCACGUGUGAUUUUGUAAGAACAACAACAUGUUGGCAAAGAAUGAAGUGCCUAGCUAUAUAUAGUAUGUGUCAUUGAUUAAUACAUAUUUCAUGGUGUGACCAAGGGGAUUAAAUUCAUUCAUAUUUCAUAACAA